CGUUGCAGCAGUUUUAACGAUAAAAUGAUAGAUUGCAUAAAGCCAUAAAAUCAUAGAUAUAGUCCUCUGUUCUUCUCCAAGCAGAGUCUAGUUUCACCCAUUCGUGCAGGUCCGCACAAUCAGUUCCACAGCAAUGGGUUUUGGCGGGACUACCUUACAAACCCUCAAGCUCGCUGCACUUCCUUCUUCUUCUUCUUCUUCUUCUUCUUUCCGCUCCGCUUUCAAACCUUUAUCCAAAACCCUCCCCUACCGCCAUGGCCACACCCCAAGACUUCAAACUCCUCUAUUCUUCGUUAAAAGUUUCUCAGCCUCUGCCGUUCAAGCCACCGCUCCCACAGCACCAAAAGCAACAAGCCCAGAUGAGAAAGGUGUGAAACCGCGGUGGAAAGCUGCCAUAGAUUUCAAGUGGAUAAGGGAGAACCAGGUUGCUGUUGCUGCCAAUAUAAAGAAGAGGAACUCUAAUGCCAAUUUGGAACUUGUGCUUCAGCUCUACAAUCAAAUGUUGGAUCUUCAAAAGGAAGUGGAGCGGCUUCGUACGGAAAGGAAUGCUGUGGCAAAGAAGAUGAAAGGGAAGUUGGAGUCAUCUGAGCGUCAAAAGCUCAUAGAGGAAGGAAAGAAUCUGAAGGAAGGGCUUCUGACAUUGGAAGAAGAUCUGCUUAAGCUUACCGAUGAGCUCCAACAGGAAGCACAAUGUAUACCAAAUAUGACUCAUCCGGAUGUCCCAAUAGGCGGGGAGGACAAUUCAAUCAUUAGAAAGAUGGUAGGUAGCCCUCGCGAGUUUAACUUCACUGUCAAGGAUCACCUGCAACUUGGAAAGGAUCUAGAUCUUUUUGAUUUUGAUGCUGCUUCAGAGGUCAGUGGCUCAAAAUUCUACUAUCUUAAGAAUGAAGCAGUCAUGCUGGAGAUGGGUCUCAUCAACUGGACGCUCUUGGAAGUCAUGAAAAGGGGCUUCACACCUUUGACAACCCCAGAGAUUGUAAGGUCCUCUGUUGUUGAAAAAUGUGGUUUCCAACCGCGUGGAACUAAUACGCAGGUUUAUUCUAUUGAGGGUAGUGAUCAAUGCCUCAUCGGCACUGCAGAGAUUCCUGUCGGAGGAAUUCAUAUGGAUUCUAUUCUUUCCGCAUCAGUAUUACCAUUAAAAUAUGUGGCAGUCUCCCACUGCUUCCGUACUGAGGCAGGGGCUGCAGGUACAGCAACAAGGGGUCUGUAUCGAGUUCACCAGUUCAGCAAGUUAGAGAUGUUUAUAUUAUGCCAACCGGAUGAGAGUGACUUUUACCAUGAAGAGCUCAUAAAGAUCGAAGAAGAUUUAUUCUCGUCACUAGGAUUACAUUACAAAACUUUGGACAUGGCAUCUGGAGAUUUAGGGGCACCUGCUUACCGUAAAUUUGAUAUCGAGGCAUGGAUGCCUGGGUUAGGGCGGUUUGGCGAGAUAUCAAGUGCAUCAAAUUGUACAGACUACCAAAGUCGCCGUCUUGGGAUCCGGUAUCGUUUUGCAGAACCAGCUUCUACGAAUCCUAAGAAGGGUAAAGGCAACCUCUCUCCGCCCCAAUUUGUUCAUACAUUGAAUGCAACAGCAUGUGCUGUACCACGAAUGAUCGUCUGCCUGCUUGAAAGCAACCAGCAAGAAGAUGGCACUGUAGUUAUUCCUGAGCCAUUGAGGCCAUUUAUGGGUGGCUUGGAGCUUAUUCAACCUAAGUCUGGAUAAGAUUGUAAGAUUACUGCAGUUUUUUUCUAAUUGCAAUUGCUGGUGACAGAUAUUCUUUGGUUAGUCUUACAGAUCAUGUAUAAAGAGAAAUUAAGGAAAAAAGUCGAGAUUUUUUAUUUUUUUAUUUUAUAAAGAAAAUCACACCAUUGUAACAACUUGUUAGUCUUGCAUAUUAUGAUUGAAGAGAGCAAAUUGGUUGUGCUGAUUUGUACAAGGAAUGUAG